UUGACACUUAACGGUUAUGUACUUAUAAAAGUUUUUAAAAUAUAACUUAAGUAUUGUUACCGUAAAAAAUUAAAUUUAAAUAUUUAUUUUUAAAUAAAAGUAAAAUUUAAGGAUUUAUGCUGCAAUUUACUCAAAAUAAUAUAAAAAGAGGGGUUAAAUUGUCAGAAAAAACUUUACGAGGCGCCAUUUUUUGAAAUAACUCUAAUUUUGUGGUUUGUCAAAUAACAAAGGUCGGUCUUUUAUUUUUCUAUUUCUCCUAAUUUCUUCUUUCUUCUUCCUUCCUUGUACUCCUCGUGUCCAGCUUCACCGCCAUCAAUCUCCACAAACCCCAAAGCUCUAAUCUUUCACGUGUACACCAGAAUUUGUCAACACCUUCCAUUGGUGUCUAUCCUGGUUCCUACAUUUUCCUUUGGCGGCAGGCGCCAUGGCUUUCCGGACUCGAUCCUCAGCUCACCGGAUUCCCCUCCAGCUUGCAUCAGCUCAACGAGCCUUGGCCCUCCACACUACCGUCCCUUCACUCUCCUCCACCAGCAGUAGUAGUGCUCCAACCUCGUAUGCCCGGGCUCCACCGCCCUCUAUCACAUCGCCAGGAGGGAUCUCAAAGACAGCAGAGUUUGUGAUCUCCAAGGUGGAUGAUUUGAUGAAUUGGGCUCGGCGUGGCUCUAUUUGGCCCAUGACAUUUGGGUUAGCUUGUUGUGCAGUCGAGAUGAUGCAUACUGGUGCUGCUCGUUAUGACUUGGAUCGAUUUGGUAUCAUCUUUAGGCCUAGCCCAAGACAAUCUGACUGCAUGAUUGUCGCCGGUACCCUUACCAACAAGAUGGCCCCUGCUCUUCGCAAGGUUUACGAUCAAAUGCCCGAACCUAGGUGGGUUAUCUCAAUGGGAAGCUGCGCCAAUGGUGGUGGAUACUACCACUACUCGUACGCUGUUGUUCGGGGUUGUGACAGGAUUGUCCCUGUUGACAUCUAUGUUCCAGGUUGUCCUCCCACAGCCGAAGCUCUACUGUAUGGACUUCUUCAAUUACAGAAGAAGAUUGGCCGACGCAAGGAUUUCCUUCACUGGUGGACCAAAUAAGAACCUUCCUUUCAUUUCUAUCCAUCUAAGCCAGUCAUGUUAGACAAUCUUUGGCUAUGUUUCUUCUUUUUAUGGCAUAAUAAUAAUAAAAAUCAAAUCUUGGGUGGUUUGCCUUUGAUUAAAACUGUGUAAAGUGUGUUCUAUGGAGUUUUGACACAGAUUAUAAACCAUUUUGUUUCUCUUGUUUUGAUUGUUAUAAUUAUAUUCUUCUUAGAAAUUGUUCAAAGGUUUAUUUAAUCUUGGGAUUCCAUUGAC